UCUUGUGAACCGAGCGCGCACCAUAUUCUCCUUGUGGCAUUUCAUCACCAUCUUGCUUUACCAUCAUGGCUUCAACGCUGCCUCCGCCCAUAAAGAAUCCAGAUAUCAAGUACACUCAGAUCUUCAUUAACAACGAGUGGGUCAACUCUAUAAGUGGAAAAACCUUUCCGACAGUCGACCCGUCCACAGAGAACCAUAUCUGCGAUGUCCAAGAGGGCGACCUGGCUGAUAUCAACAAGGCCGUGGAUGCUGCUCGGGUCGCGUUCGAGCUAGGGUCACCAUGGCGACGCAUGGAUGCAUCAGCACGUGGACAGCUGCUCAGCAAGCUAGCUGAUCUGAUAGAACGAGAUGGCGUGCAACUAGCAAUCUUUCCAGCGAUGGCGGCUGGCUGCACGGUCGUGCUAAAACCCGCCGAGCAAACGCCACUAACUGCACUGUACUUGGCUGCUCUCGUGAAGGAGGCAGGAUUCCCUGAAGGCGUGUUGAACGUUGUACCUGGUUAUGGCCGAUCCGCUGGUGCUGCCCUUUCGGAACACAUGAAGGUUGACAAGAUCACCUUCACUGGGUCAACAGGGGUUGGUCGUAUGAUUCAAUCCGCUUCGGGCAACACGAACCUUAAAAAGGUUGCCCUUGAACUAGGAGGAAAGACACCCAUGAUCAUCUUUGCCGACGCUGAUUUGGAUCACACCGUCAUGAUGGCGCAUGCGGCCGUCUACUUUAACAUGGGACAGUGCUGCGUAUCCGGCUCGCGCACCUUCGUACAGGAGGAAAUCUACGACGAGUUCGUGCGCAGGAGUGUUGAGCUGGCAAAGCGCAGGACCGUCGGUAGUCCGUGGGAGGAGGUCGAGAACGGACCGCAGAUCGACGAGAGACAAUUCAAAAGCAUCUUGAACAUGAUUGAAACUGGCAAGAAACAGGGAGCCAAGCUCGAGUGUGGCGGCCGUCGCCGUGGAAACAAGGGCUUCUUCAUUGAGCCAACAGUAUUCUCCGGUGUCACUGACGAAAUGAGAAUUGCUAUAGAUGAGAUAUUUGGGCCCGUCCAGCAGAUUCUGAAGUUCAAGACCAUCGAUGAGGUUAUUAAGCGCGCCAACAAUACCGAUUAUGGCUUGGGCGCCGCAGUGUUCACCAAGAACAUCGAUACUGCCAUGACUGUUGCCCAUAGCGUUCAGUCUGGCUCAUUCUGGGUAAACUGCUGGAACGCAGUCAGCCCAGCAGCUCCUUUUGGCGGUUUCAAAAUGUCGGGCAAUGGCCGCGAUGGCGGCGAAGACGGCAUUCGUGAGUUCUGCGAGAUCAAGACGGUGGUCGUUAAGAUCCCUGAGAAAAACUCGUAAAGGUCUCCGAUGUGUUUACCGGUUAGCCAAUUGCGACCGAGAAGUUUUGUUCUAUUAGUAGUUACUAGGUGACUUUAUGUUACCGAUGUAAGCAUGCAGUGUAAAAUAAAAUCAGUAGGUAGUUCUCUAUCCGUUUAAAUCGCAUCAGUGUUUAAAGUCAGUUGAGUUCACUCGAGCCGUUCUACGAAGGCGUUCUACGAUACUAUCUAUUUGUUAAUCUGGCCUGUGCAUUCGCUUGCAUUAGAAUAGACAGGCACACAUAUAUAGUCAUUACCAGAGCUUAACUGAUAAAAAUCAAGCAAUCAUCUUCUGAAUGUGCAUAGCUAUAGAAUAUUAUACUUUAAUUCCUGCAUUUUAUUUGUAAUUAUCAUUAGAUGAUCACUUUAGCACGAUCAUCAACUUCGACGUCAUCAGAGCAACUGAAUAAAAAGACGCAUAUAAUCCUAUGCAAAUUCAGCCCGAUUAAAUUCACUGAGAAAUCCAUUUUAAUACAGAAUUUACAAAUGUAGGUGCGCUGUUUCCAAAA